GCCGACGACCUGCGGGGGUCUCACAAAAACAGUGCGCGGCGAGUAGGAGCACCGCAUAAGAGGAGAGGAGCCACAUCACACACAAACAGCAAAGCAAACCUGCCAAAUCCAACGGCCCACAGCUAAAAGGAACUCAAAGGAUCUCAACUUUUUACGCACGGACACAGUUUUACGCGCAAGUUUCAAAAGAGCAUCAUUUGGCAAAAAGCUGUCAGAGAAACUUUAUUUGGAUGCAAGAGCCCGUCGGGGAGCUUUCCUGUCAGCGGCGGGCCUUUAAUCUGAUGGCUGAGAAGUUUGGAACAAAUCAAUCGGAUGGAGACUGAAGGGAAGACCGUCACGUUAGAAUUGUAAAAAUACAGUUUAGCUCAGAUCAAAUACAAACUUAGAGAAAUCGUCACAGUCAUGCCCCGUCCCGGGAAAAACUCCUACAGCGACCAGAAGCCUCCAUAUUCCUAUAUAUCACUGACAGCGAUGGCUAUCCAGAACUCGCCUGACAAGAUGCUGCCUCUGAGUGACAUUUACAAGUUCAUCAUGGACCGGUUUCCGUAUUACCGAGAGAACACGCAGAGGUGGCAGAAUUCCCUGCGGCACAACCUGUCGUUCAACGACUGCUUCAUCAAGAUCCCUCGGCGGCCCGAUCAGCCCGGAAAGGGCAGCUUCUGGGCUCUGCACCCGGACUGCGGGGACAUGUUCGAAAACGGCAGUUUUCUGAGGAGACGGAAGCGCUUCAAGGUUCUGCGUGCUGAGCACAUGACCUGCAAGAGUUCACCGAUGAUGCAUUACUUCCACCAUCACCACCACCACCCCGGCAGCAAGCUGGGCGCAACAUCCGGUCACCACGACCACCCAGGCGCGCCAGCCAGCAGGCUCCCUGCUUUCCAGGGUUACGGGGGCCUUACUUGCGCACAGCCUGGCGGGUUUAAACACCCGUUCGCCAUCGAGAACAUUAUAGGACGAGACUACAAGGGCGUGGUGGCCAGCGGGCUUCCCCUCACCUCGGUCAUGCACCACCUGGGUUACCCGGUUCCCCCCCAGCUCAGCAGCGUGGUCAGCUCGAUGUGGCCGCACGUCGGGAUGCUGUCAGAGUCCAUGAGCGCCGUGCCAGUCCCUGCAGCAUCAUCUGAGUAUGCGCCCUUCAGCGUGUCAGCAAAGGGCCUUUACCACAGCUCCAACGGGCAAACUCUGCCCGCAGUACCAGUGCCAAUCAAACCAACCCCAUCCCUGGGCCAAGUGCACGGUCUGACGGGGCUGCAGACCGGCUCGGCCCACCUCUGCUCUCCGGCCUCCCUGAUGGAGAAAAGCGAUCUGAUGGAGGGGAAAGGAACCCCUCUACACCCGGCUCUCCUGCUGUCCUAACCGGGUAAAUGAUGGGUUAUUUUCUUUUACCAAAAUAAAAGAAACAUUAUAUUAAAAUAAAAGUAAACCGAACGGAUCUAUCAGAGACGGUUCAGUUUAGGAGCAGCUGCAAGACAGAUGUAAAAACCUUUAUAUAUUGUACUGUUAUGAUUUCUUUUCUUUGCACAUUUUGUUUACCACACAUGGCACUAUCAAAUAUAAUCAGACAAGUAGAUGCGCUAAAGCCAAAGACAGCUUUGACUAGAGGAAACAUUUCUUCCAAAUAACUAACAAAUGUUGAUUUAUUUUUGCUGUUAUUCUAUUUUCUUCCUGUGAUUUAUGGCAAACUUGGUAGCAAAAGACAACAAUGCCUUUGUGUUUUUUAAUAAAUAAUAAGUUAGGACUGUUGCACUUUUUUGUCUGUUUCUUGUGUUCUGCAUAUGCUUGUAUUAUAAUGCUAUUUAUCUGAAGAUAUUUAUAAAGAAUUUUAAAUCAACUUUAUUUGGCCGUGGUAUUUAUUCAAACUGCAUUUUAAAAGAAGAAAUUACAGGACUUCCAUCAGAUUCUUAUGGGAGUCCUGUGCAUAUAACUGUGUUAUCAAAUUUGCUGCAGAAUCAAAUCUGAUAUUUGCAUGCAAAACUAAUUCACCCACUAUUCUGAAAUACUUAAAUACUUGUUAUUAUCACUUUGUCAAAUAAAAGUGACAACACAAGAGCUACUUUGCUAAAUUGAUUAUCUAUUUGAUCCAUUAUUCUGCAGAAGAUAAGUUGGACUUUUUUAUAAUUAUUU